AUGCCUCUGCCUUUAUAUACCAACAACGGGCCAGUUGAUUGCUCGAUCAAGCCGGAAACUGGUACAUUGAGAGGGAAAAGUGUGGUCAUCACAGGAGGUGAGCAAACGCUUGGGGACGAGGACACAACACCCUUUGACAGCAGAUACCACAUAGGCGCAAAUGGUUUCGGCGAAGUUUAUGUUAGGGAAUUCUCUGCUGCCGGGGCGUUCGUGGCUUUUGGUGACAUUGAUGAGAAGAAAGGCAAGAGUCUUGCAGCCGAACUUGGAUCCAGCGUUCAGUUCGUCAAGUGCGACACAACCUCCUGGGAUGAUCAGUUGAACAUGUUCAAGCUGGCGGUUGCGCGGUCGCCUGCCAGGAGCUGUGACAUUGUGGUUGCUAAUGCUGGAAUAACUGGCCCAGAUGAGACUUCUAUGCUCAAAGACCCCAACACAGAACCUACAAUACCGUCACUCCCGAUCAUCCAGAUCAACAUGAUCGGGGUAUUAUACACAUUCAAACUGGGCGAACACUAUCUUCGUGCCCGGCCAGAGGCGGCCGAUUGGGACAGAUGUUUCAUCUUCAAGGGAAGCGUUGCCGGACUCCUGGAUCGGCUAGGGUAUUCUGCCUCCAAAUUCGGACUCCGGGGUCUCAUAAGAAGCGCCAGACGCACCUCGUGGCAAGAGGGCAUUCGCGUCAAUUACGUUGCACCUUGGUACACCAAAACGACGAUUUUAAAGCCUCAGGUCAUAGAGAGAUUGGUAUCCAAAGGAGUCGAGUUUGCCGAGGUCAAAGACUGCGCGACCGCGGUCCUUCGGAUUGCUUGUGACAAGACUAUCAAAGGUCGAUCAUUUGCGAUACUUCCCCGCUCUGUGGCACCAUACGGGUAUCGGGAUGCGGAGAUGGACGAUUUAGAGGAUGAACCAUGGAGUAGCCUUCAGAAGGUUACAUUGGUCGCUUCUAUUCGUACCAUGGCGGCCGCUACUCAGAAUGCCCAGUAA